AUGGAUGUGAGCAACAAAGCGACUGACAUUCUAAAACGCGGAGCUCAGCCAUUUCUGAGCCAUUCAUGCUUCGCGCUUUCUUUCUACUCCUGUGCGGCCCAAGCAAGCAGCAUUCCACGCAUGGCUCCCUCAUUCCCUCUCGAUCGCUUCAUCGUCGCACGCCUUCAUGCGAACGCGACGGCUCGACAUGCGACGGUGCUGCUGGUCGGUUGUGAUGAGCCUGCCGUCGCAGCCGUCGCCAAUGGCAUCGCCGCCAGCGCCAUCUUCCGCGACGCGUCCCUCUCUCAGCCUGGAGCAUCUCUCCGCGUAACCGAGCGGAUUGUCAACCGCGCCCCCCUGCGCGCCACCAUCGCCGCCGCCUGCUUCCGCCCGCCCGCGCACGAAGCCGACGCCCUCGCCGCGGCCAUGCGCCUCCGCCAGCACCUGCUGGCCGCCCGCCCUUCUGACGUCAUCGUGUUCGUUGGGGGAGACGCGGAGAGGAGCGAGGCGGAGGGGCUGGUGAUGCGCGCGGUGGGCAAGGCGCUGGGGGCGGACGUGUGGGCGCACGCGGUGGUUGUGGACGCGGGGAGCGGGGGAAGGGAAGUGGGCGAAUCCGCGGAGGGGGAGGAGGCGAGACGGGCAGCGUUGGAGCAGGCGGUGGGAGCGGAAGCGCGGUGGGGCGUGCCGUGUGUGGCGUGGCGGGCGGAGUGCGGGGCGGCCGCGGAGGCCCUGGGGGACGCCAUGGCAGGCGUGGUGCGCGCCACAGCUGCUGCCUUCUUCCCCGCGCCCCUCCCCGCGCACACCAACGCGGACGCCUCGUCCGUGCUCGAUUUCGAUGACCUGGCAAUGCUGUCAGACCACAACAUUGCCACGUCAGCUGCAAAAGCCUCUCUCACGCUCGCCUCACCGUCGCCCCCCUCCGCCGCUCCCAAGCCCACUGCGCCCGCUCCUCACAACCCCUCCCCCGCUGUUGCUAUGGCGCCUCCCUCCGCGCCUCUGCUGUCCGCUGCUCCUCCUUCCCCCCUUCCCCCGCCCUCCCUCCCUGUUCCCGCCUUUGCCUCUCUCUCCCUCGCCCUCUCCGCCUCUGCCCUCUCCUCUGCAGGCCCGCCACUGCUGUUUCCCGUCAGCCGGCCCCCGUCCUCCCUCUCCUCCUCUGCCCCGCUCGUCCGCCCUACCGCCUCCCGUCUUGCCCGCCUGACUGCUGUGUCAGCCGCACGCCCUGCACUGUCCUUCCAGAGCAAGUGCCUCGCCCCCAUGCCUGUCAUGUCGGCUUGCCACUUGGCAGCUGUCAACGGGCUGGCUGCUGACGUGUCACCCGCGCAUGCAGCUGUGGGCCCCGCGAAGCAAGCAACGGCGUUCCCUGAUCUGAUGCACCUGGGCCGGCAGGCGGGCAACACCUGCGACCCCAAGGGAGCAGCGGGGGCGCACAGGACGGUGGUGCAGUGGUUCCGCAACGACCUGCGCCUGCACGACAACGAGGCGCUCGCUGCUGCCCACAACGACGCCGCUGCUGUGCUGCCCGUCUACUGCUUCGACCCCCGCGACUACGGCAAGUCGGCGUCGGGCUUUGACCGCACGGGGCCGCACCGCGCGCGCUUCCUGCUGCAGUGCGUGGCGGCGCUGCGGGUGGCACUGCGGGAGCGCGGCAGCGACCUGGUGGUGCGCGUGGGGCGGCCUGAGGACGUGCUCCCGCGCCUGGCACGCGCGGUGGGGGCGCAGGCCGUGGUGCUGCAGCAGGAGGUGACGGCCGAGGAGAGCCGCGUGGAGGCUGCCGUGACCGCCCGGCUCAAGGAGGAGGGCGUGGAGACACAGACAUAUUGGGGCAGCACGCUCUUCCAUGUGGACGACCUGCCCUUCGCCCUGCCCCACAUGCCCUCCAACUACAGCGCCUUCCGUCAAGCCGUCUCCCGCAUCCAGGUGCGGGACAUGGUGGAAGCACCGGAGCACCUCAAGCCCAUGCCUGUCAUGGGCAACGUGCAGCCAGGGGAGAUUCCCUCUCUUGAGGCCCUUGGUCUCUCCACCAUUCACCCUCCCACUCAGAACGCUCACAUGACCUCGAUGCAGGGAGGGGAGGCCGAAGCUCUGCGCAAGCUCUCGGGCUUUGUUGCCGAGUCCAAGUGUGCUGCGGCUGGUUCCAAGGCCACGGCGCCCAGCAGCGGCCAGUACGGGGCGAGCUUUUCAUGCAAGAUCUCUCCGUGGCUCGCCAUGGGGUGCCUGUCUCCUCGCCGCGUCUUCCACCAAGUGCUGCAGCUCGAGGGCUCUCUCGCGCAGCAGCUGUCAAGCAAGCCAGCAGCCAAGGCCAGGUUGACCGGACCCAAGGCAAUCACUGCCACAGCUGCCAAGGAACCGAGCAUGGACUGGCUGGUCUUCGAGCUUCUCUGGCGUGACUUUUUCAGGUUCAUCACGAAACGCCACACUCUGGGGACACCUUCGCUCUCACCAGUGCCCGCAUGA